AAAAAGAAAAAGCUACUGUACGCUUUAACAUCUCAAUGGAUGUGAAACAGGAGACCUGUGAUGUGGACAUGAAUAUCAUGGAGAUACCUUUAAAUAUUGAGGAGGAGGACUGUGAAUCGGAGUCCAUCUACACUAAACAGGAGAGUCUGAGCAUCAAGGAGGAGGACAGUGAACUGCAGUCAGUUGGCAUUAAAGAAGAACCUGAAGAGAAGUCUGUCAGUAUUGAGAAGCAUAACCAUGCAAAUUUGAUGAGUGUUGAGGAAGGCGUUCUUCAAGAUGGGUUUCAAGAUGGAGUGGUGACAGGGUUAGACUCUUCUCAAAGCAGACACUGUUCAUCUCCAGAGCCUUCUUUCAAUGUAAAGUCUGAAACAUUAGAGUCUGAUACAAAGAGGGCUGAGGAAACUACAUCUGAUAGAACUCAGGAAAAUCAGCCACCACGUACAACAAAGUCUGGAAAAAGAAACAAAGAUCACUGCAAUGUGGAAUGUGGCAGAGAAUUCUCUGGCAGGAGUGCUCUUCAGAACCACACAAGAAUUCACACUGGAGAGAAGCCAUAUUGCUGUAAUGAAUGUGGUAAACAGUUUUCACAAAUAGAAACUAAAAAAACAGUGCAUCAUACAAACCGCUUCUCACCAAAGGCUCUACAGCCUCCACCAUGUGACUAG